AAAACCUCAAAAACGUUUCAUUUCCACUCAUCAAUCCAAAAUUAUAGUCACUACGAAGAAAUAAUAAGUUGAAGAUGAUGAAUGGUUUGCGAAGAACGUUUUGGAGUUCGAUUCAUAAAAAGAAAGACAACAACAGAGUCGAUGAUUCACUUGAUCGGCAAAAACCAUCAACUUCAAGAUUCGGGUUUUUCUCUAACCCGUCUACUCCAAGGUCUGAGACCCGACCCGAUUCAGUAACAUCUCCUAGCAUUCGUUGUCAGAGUUGGUCUGCUACAGCAUUCACCACUCCUUCACCGUCUCUUCCCGCUAGUCCCAAGCUUCAAUGUAAUACUUCCGGCGACGUUACUCCGACGAGAAACAGAAGCCCUCUCUCUUUUCUCAGCGUAUCUUCUUCUUCUACUCCUUCCUCACCUAAAUCUCCGGCGAGCUUCUCUCUUCUCAAAUCAAAACUCUGUUUCACCAAAAGUAGCAUCAGUAGUAGCAAAUGUGGAAUUUGUUUACAGAGCGCGAAAGCUGGAAGAGGAACGGCGAUUUUCACGGCGGAAUGUUCACACACGUUUCAUUUCCCUUGCGUAGCUUCACGCGCCGGUGAUCGGAAUCUACUCUCCGAUUGCCCUGUUUGUGGUGCUUCAUGGAGAGAAACCUCACUUCUUCCUCUGUCUCUCUCUUCUUCUCUACAAGAAUUGGAUACUACUCCGAAAUCCGGAUCCGAAUCCGAUUCCAAGAUCCGAGAAUCAAAGAACAACAAAUCAUUAAGAGUUUACAACGACGACGAGCCUUUGAUUUCAUCUCCAAUCUCUCGUACCGGUUUCAACACUAUACCGGAAUCAAACGAAGACGAAGAAGAAGAUAACGAUAACGGAGAGUUUAAAGGGUUUUACGUUAACACGCCGUCACCGUUAACGACGAAGAAACAGAUAACGGAUUCUGUUAAUGGACACGUGGACGUUAAGCUGUCUUCAGAAGCGGCAAUUGUAGCGGUUGGGAGAGGUAACGAGACAUACUCAGUACUCAUGAAAAUCAAAUCUCCGUCGUUACCGGCGGCGCGUAGAUCUCCGGUGGAUCUAGUAACUGUUAUAGACGUUAGUGGAGGGAAGAUUGAGAUGGUGAAGCGAGCGAUGAGGCAAGUGAUAUCGUCUCUACGAGAAACGGAUCGUUUGUCGAUGGUUUCGUUCUCGUCGAGCUCGAAGCGAUUGUCGCCGUUACGGAGGAUGACGGCGAACGGAAGAAGAUUAGCUAGAAGAAUCGUCGACGAAAUUUCCGGUGACGGCGACGGAAUGAGUGUUAACGAUGCGGUUAAAAAAGCGGCUAAAGUGAUCGAAGAUCGACGGCAGAAAAAUCUCUUCACCACUAUCUUCGUCUUAACGGACCGUAACAAGAACUCGGCCCACGAAGCCCAAUUGGCCCAAGCUGACUUUGUGUCGUCCACGCGCUUCUCUCACUUAGAAAUCCCAACGCACACUAUUUGGCUCGGCGCGUGUAAUCACGCUCUCUCCGAGGACGUGUUUGCUAAACGUAUCAAGAGUUUGUUGAGUUUAUCGGUUCAGGAUCUUACUCUAAAUCUCGGGUUAGUUUCCGGGUCGGGUCAAGGAGAGGUGACGUCAGUUUAUUCACUCUCAGGCCGACCCGUUUGGCUCGGAUCCGGGUUGAUUCGGUUGGGUGACAUGUACGGCGAUGAAGAAAGAGAAGUGUUGGUGGAACUCAGAUCACCUGCAUCUUCUUCGUCUAAUAGAUCCCAGAGAAUCAUGACCGUCCGAUCUCGCCACGUGGAUCCUACGACUCAGGAAAUCAAAAACUCUGAAGACCGCGCGCUAAUGAUACCGCGUCCCAUCGCCGUUAGAUCAUCUAACCCGAACAUCGCAAGGCUAAGAAACCUCCACGUCAGCACACGAGCCGUCGCCGAGUCUCGGCGUCUAACGGAAGCCAAUGAUUACUCGGGGGCUGAGCGGAUGCUGACGUCAGCUAGAGCCUUGUUGGUGCAAUACGGUUUGAGCUCGAAUGACGCGUGCUUACGUGGUUUGGAAGCUGAGUUGGCAGAUUUGAACCGUUUGAGAGGUAGACACGUGGUGGUGAAGAGUCCAGAGCUGGUGGUUCAGAAGAGUGAGCCGCUAACACCGACUUCAGCGUGGAGAGCGGCUGAGAGAUUGGCUAAAGUGGCGAUCAUGAGGAAGCAUAUGAAUAGAGUCAGUGACCUCCAUGGAUUCGAAAAUGCUAGAUUUUAGUUUCUUUUUGUUAUGGUUUUUGCUGUUUUUUAUUACGAAGUUUUGUAAUGGUGUGAUACAAAAGAAAUACAAUGGUAUAUGAGAAAAUUUAUGGAUAUAAAUAUUCACAACUCAC